GUCGCUUUUAAGUGGGGAUUCUCUCUUGGCCGAUCGGGCAAACCCUGCAGUGGACUUUUUCCCGACAGCUUUGGGAUACCUUGCCUCACUCGAUGGUAUCGAAGAAUGUACUUCGUGCGGUUGGCAAGAGUUCACAACGAAGCCCCUCCUGGCGGGUUCCGCACGAGCCGUAUCUCCUUUAGGUUUUCCCCACACGAAGCUGCCACGCCUCUCGAUGCCAUCGUCGGGAAACAAGGCGGCGACGGGCCUCUUGACGUGGGUUCGCUGCCGGCCGCCGGAAGUACCCCAGAUUUUGCAACCGUCAACGGCCGGGCCCCGUGGAAACCGCACAGACAAAAACCGCUUGGUCCGCGGCGGGGUGUUGCCUUCGUUCGCAACGCUUGCCAUUCCCUGCCGCGUUAUCAUCAUGUGGCCUUCUGCCAGCCAAUCCACCGGCCAUCGAACAACAUACUCGACCGUAGAAAAGGUUCAAAACUGAACAAGGCGAUGUCACGACGGCCUCGUAGCUGUUGUGCAAGUGGUCCGGCUAAGAAAACUCCGGUCGAGACCGCGGUGAGCAUUGAUGCAUGCCCUCCCGCUCGACACUCGGACCAAGUUCAUCUCGAGACAAACUGGGAGCCGUCUCUUUCCUGUUUCCGCUCCUUCGUACCAUCAGGUCCGAAGCCGAGCCGUCCCGCAGCUCCCGGCUGCUUUUCGUUCCAAUGGGGUAAAAUUACCCCAGACUUUGAUGCAAAUCCUCAUUCAGCCACCCGCGGUCGCAACGGCGCCACACUGACAUUGGGUGAACCGCUCGCCGCAGCAGCCCGGUAACGCAACGUACUCCUGGCAUCUGUCAAAUCACGAUCGAACCAGGGACGGGAACGUUGCUCGAUCUCCACGGUACAGCUGGACAUCCGCAAGGUGAUGCAAGAGAUUGGAACGCUAUUUGCCCGUUUUUGUUCUGGAGUU